AUGUGCCUCUGCGGACAGGCAGGCUGGGCGAGAGGGCGAAGUAGGGGAAAGGGCGAGGGAGGCGCAAAGGGCCGUCCCGCUCCCUCUUCCAGGCAGCCGAGGGCGGGUCGCUGUUGCAGGCGGGCAGGCAGGCAGGAGAGCGCCGCAGCCAUGGCCCUGCUCAGAGGUGUGUUCAUUGUUUCUGCCAAGAGGACCCCGUUUGGAACAUAUGGGGGACUGCUCAAGGAUUUCACCGCCACGGACCUCACAGAGGUUGCGGCACGUGCGGCCCUGUCUGCUGGGAAAGUGUCUCCUGAAGUCAUUGACAGUGUGAUUGUGGGAAAUGUCAUGCAGAGCUCUUCAGAUGCUGCUUAUAUCGCGAGACACGUUGGGUUGCGUGUCGGAGUGCCCAUCCCGGUUCCGGCCCUAACAGUCAACAGGCUCUGCGGAUCAGGUUUCCAGUCCAUUGCCAAUGGGUGCCAGGAGAUUUGCCUGAACGAAUCAGAGGUGGUGCUGUGUGGCGGAUCAGAAAGCAUGAGCCAGUCUCCGUAUGCGGUCCGAAAUAUUCGCUUCGGGACUAAAUUUGGAACUGAUCUCAAGAUGGAAGACACCUUGUGGGCAGGGCUAACGGAUCAGCACAUUAAAACGCCAAUGGGCGUUACCGCCGAAAAUCUGGCUGCAAAAUAUAACAUCACGAGAGAAGACUGUGAUCGCUACACGGUGAAGACUCAGCAGAGGUGGAAGGCUGCUCAUGAAGCAGGUUACUUUCAGGCGGAGAUGGCACCCGUUGAAGUGAAAACCAAGAAAGGGAAGCAGAGUAUGGAUCGAGAUGAACAUCCCCGCCCGGAGACAACCGUGGAGCAGUUGGGGAAACUCCCUCCGGUCUUCAAAAAAGACGGGACUGUCACCGCUGGAAAUGCCUCGGGAGUCUGCGAUGGAGCUGGAGCAGUGAUCAUUGCGAGCGAAGAGGCUGUCAAGAAGCAUAACUUCACUCCCCUGGCCAGAGUAGUCGCCUAUCACGCUUCUGGAUGCGACCCCAACAUCAUGGGCAUUGGUCCCGUACCUGCCGUUACUGAAGUUCUGAAGAAAGCCGGCCUUUCUCUGAAAGACAUAGACUUGGUUGAGGUCAACGAAGCUUUUGCUCCACAGUACUUAUCAGUGGAGAAGGUUUUGGGUCUGGACCCUGAGAAGACAAAUGUCAACGGGGGAGCCAUCGCUCUGGGUCACCCCCUGGGGGCCUCAGGUUCAAGGAUCACUGCUCAUCUGGUUCAUGAACUAAGGCGCCGUGGAGGUAAAUAUGCCAUUGGUUCUGCUUGCAUUGGAGGUGGCCAGGGUAUAGCUGUCCUCAUUCAGAAUACAGCCUAAAGGAUCUUCCGGAGUCGUCAGUGUCUGAACGCUGAACUCUCCGUCAACUGUUACACGUUCACCAGAAGCAUAAAAAGGGAAGAAUACAGCAAAACAUUUUCUGAUGCAGAAAAGGACCGGCCUAAGCAAUUCAGCAGAAUAAGGAAAGAACCGCACAGUCUGAUUUCCACCUCCCUUUCUCUAAUGAAAACAACUGGAUGAUUUCAAAUUCGGUUAACUCUGCCAUAACCCUCUGCUACCUCUUGCUGAGCGUAAAAGAAAAUUGAUCUCAGAGUAGGCAUUGUCUUGAAGAAAUAUUAGCCUGCUAAGUAUCUACUAAACAUAUGCCUUACAGCAAAGACAGUAGCCUGGCAUUCCCGCCGCCGUAGUGUUUAUCAACACUGCGUUUCCUCCACAGUGGCUGCUUGUCUCACUUGCACUUUUGCGUAAAUGCAAACAGAUUUAGGAUUCUUGCAUAGCUGGAAAGCACAAAAUGGUGAGGGAAAGUGUUAAACAGAUUGUAUGUCAAGCGUUGGAUCGUGUUUUAGGUUUAAGAGCCAGGGGGAACAAACUAUGAUCAAUCCAAUGUGCCUCUCCUCUAGAAAAAUAAAAAGCAGAAUCUGGA